CUUCACAUAUUCUUUUACUCUCGAGAAGAUUGGACAAGAGAGUACAGAUCAGAACCCAUAAUAUUACUGUAUUGACCUAGAGUACAUUCUAGAUUCAAACAACAUGAAAAUUAAUUGAGUUGCUCAUUCUUUAGCUUAUAAUGCAUCUCUAUCAAGCAAUUGAAUUCUAAUCCUUUGACUUAAUCAUAUUUGCUCAUGACAAGUCGAUCGUUUUUGUUGAAUGAUACCAAAAACUAGGGGGGAAAAGAGGUAUACAAAAUGCAAAUUAGGCUCAUGCAAGACACACGAAUUUGGGGUAUACUAUUACUAAAUACUAACCCUACCCGCCAAUCCUGUAAUGGAUCAGAUAUGAGCAGAGAGAGUAGAAAGAAUCUCAAGACCAGCCCCAACAAUCACCCCUUGGCCCAAUCAUAGCCUUCCACCUCAGCACCUUCCCUCUUCCCGCCUUAUCCCCUUGUUUCCCCUCCUCCACUACUUCCCCAUCUCUUCCCCCAUCAGAAUCUAAAAACCUCUUCCCCUGUUCUGUUCUCCACACUCCCUUCCUCAGAGCUAGAACAAGAAGGCGAAGAAGAGCGAAGAAAAACGAGCAAAAAUGUCUCUCACAAUCCCCACCAACCUCUCCAACCCAAUGCUGAAGCUCAACCCUAAGCUCGCCGCCUCCUUCCUCCUCCCCAAAUCGCAAUCCCUCUCUCGAUCCAACUUUGUAUGCUCUGCCUCCCAAGACAGCAACAACAACUCCACCGCCUCGCCUCUCCAGGCCUUCUCCGCCGCCCUAGCCCUCUCCUCCAUCCUCCUCUCCGCCCCACUCCCGGCCGUCGCCGACAUCUCCGGCCUGACCCCGUGCAAGGACUCCAAGCAGUUCGCUAAGCGGGAGAAGCAGUCCCUGAAGAAGCUGGAGUCGUCGCUGAAGCUGUACGCCCCCGACAGCGCCCCUGCCCUGGCGAUUAAAGCCACCAUGGAGAAGACUAAGCGCCGGUUCGACAACUACGGGAAACAGGGCCUGCUGUGCGGCUCCGAUGGGCUCCCGCACCUGAUCGUGAGCGGCGACCAGAGGCACUGGGGCGAGUUCGUGACCCCAGGGGUGCUGUUCCUCUACAUCGCCGGGUGGAUCGGGUGGGUGGGGCGGAGCUACCUGAUUGCAAUCAGCGGGGAGAAGAAGCCCGCCAUGAAGGAGAUCAUCAUCGAUGUUCCCCUGGCUACUGGGUUGAUCUUCAGGGGAUUCUCUUGGCCCGUUGCUGCUUACAGAGAGUUCAUCAAUGGAGACCUCGUUGUGAAGGAUGUUUGAAAUCUCUUGAUUUUGAUUUUGGGUGGGGUAAAAACAGAAAAGGGGAUCUGGGAAUUUGCUUGGGAAUGUUUGUAAUUACACUUUAAAUCAGUUCAAUUGAUGUUUGUUUCUGAAUUGUGUGUGGUUAGCUGAUGGAUUGACAUCCAAUUUAUUUGCAGGCUGCCUGAACUCGAGCGAGUUUCGUUUCAUUUCAUUUCAUAUGAUGGUAACAUAACAUAGCUUAAAUGGUAUGAUAUUAUUCGGAAUUCCAAUCAAAUGUGCCUGUGUUGUUAAUUAGUUUGAUGAAAUCGUCAAUGGCGGUGAAGAAAACUGCGCUGGACAC